GCGCAGCGCGAGAGAGAGGCGGGAAUAACGGAGACCGUUCGCUCGCUCUUUGAUGAUUACCGGGAGCCGUCGCCGCUGGACAGCAACGGAGAGAGCAGCAAACCGCAAAAGAAGAUGGUUCACUUGGGAGACUAGUGAACGAUAAUUACAAGACUCCUACCUGUAAAUUGAAAAAAAUAAAAAAUAAAAAAUAGGUGUUGAAGGCAAACCACAUCUGUGUUUGUUUUCAAUUAAGGACAUAGCUUCAGGAGAAGAAUGAACAUACAACUACGGAAAUUCAAACUGGCCAUGGUGUACUCUGAGAUGAACUGAGCAGCCCCUCGCAGUGAGGAGAACACACCAUCAGAAGAGGGUACAUGCCUUCCUACCAAAAUGAACAGGAGUCCCAAGCCAACUGAACAGGUGAACAGAGCAGUCCCUCGCUGUGAGGAGAACACACCUUUGGAGGAAGAUAUAUGCCUUCCUUCCAAAAUGAGCAAGAAGCCAACUGAACAAGUACUGUAUAGGUUUGCCCAGAUAAACAGACUGAAAGAACAUCAUGACAAAUGUGCUCAACGCAAUGAACAACUGUCAACAAGAACACUUGAAACUGAAAGAGGGGUGACUGAUUACUCACAGAAUGAUGAAUCUGAGAUAUCUUGUGAGGAAUCCUCCUUUUCUGACUACAGUGACAAAGAAUGUGUCCCUGUUACAGACGGUAGCUCAUCAGACAACAGUUGUGAAAGUAAAGAACUAAAUAUCUGUCAUGCUGAGACAGUGAAGAGUACAGCAGACACGAGUACAAGCUCAUCCUAUCACAGUUCCACAUCUGUGACACCGAUGCCUACUAAAGUGCAAAAAAAUAGAUACAAGAAGAUACAAUAUUGUGCCUAUUGUCAGAAGCCAUACUCUAAAAUCGCACGGCACUUGGAGUUUGUUCAUCGCAAUGAACUUGAGGUAGCUAAGGCAUUCAGCUUCGACAAAAGGUCAAAGGAAAGAAGAGUGAGAUUACGCCUUUUGAAAAGUAGAGGGAACUUUGCCCAUAAUGCUGCAGUUUCAAAAGCCGGAAAUGGGGAAAUGGUUGCUUGCAGACGGCCCAAAGAAGUAAAAUCUACCUACGACUUCACUCACUGUAUCCACUGUCACGGUCUGUACAACAGAAAGACACUAUGGAGACACAUCCGAACAUGCCCCCAGAACCCCAAAAAUGAAAACCGCACAUUUGGGCAGAAGAGAGUUCAGUCAAUCAACAGCUUGACCCUUCCUCCACCAGUGGAUGUUAGCAAAAGUCUAUGGACCAUUGCUUGCGAGAUGGUGAACGAUGAAGUUGCAAAUGUUGUCAGAAAUGAUCGAUACAUUCUACUUUUAGGGGAGCAGAUGUACAACAGGCUGAAGUCACAGUCAAGAAGAAAUUACCACAUUAAGCAGAAAAUGAGGGAAUUAGCAAGGUUGCUCAUCACCGCCAGGUCACUGACACCCAUUCAUAAUAUGGAGGACUUCAUCCAACCCUGCAACUUUCCUCACGUUAUAAAAGCAGUAAGAGCAGUGGCAGGAUUCAGUGAGGAGACAAACACCUACAAGAUUCCAUCACUGGCACUGAAGCUUGGACACAGCUUGGUGAAGAUUGCCAACUCUGUGGAAUGCAAUGCACUGAUGUCAGGACGCGACACGGCUGCAGAGUCUGCACGAAACUUCAGACGUUUGUAUGAAAGCAAAUGGAAUGAGGUAGUGUCUGCAGCUGCACUGACUACUCUGGGUGAAGCUGCAUGGAAUAAGCCACAAGUCCUACCAUUUACAGAGGAUGUCAAAACACUGCACUCAUUUUUGAACUCAAAACAGCAGGAGUAUGUGGAUGCCCUACAAGAAAAAGCAAAUGGCAAAAACUUUGCCAAUCUUUGCAAAGUCAUGCUAGCACAGAUCGUUAUUUUUAAUAGACGAAGAGAGGGUGAAGUUUCCAAGAUGAAUAUUCAAUCUUACACGUCUAGAGACCAGGCACCAGUGCACAAAGAUAUCGCUGUGGGACUCAGUGACUUUGAGAAAAAGCUUUGCGGGUACUUCCAAAGGGUGGAAAUACGUGGUAAGAGGGGGAGGAAGGAACCAGUGUUGCUGACCCCUGAUAUGGUUGUGGCCAUGGAUCUCCUUGUAAACAUGAGAGAAAAGUGUCAAGUUCCUGUGGAAAACCAGCAUUUGUUUGCUCGUCCAGGUGCUCUGUCUCAUUAUCGUGGUGGAGACUGCAUUCGCCAGUACGCCCAAGCCAGUGGUGCAAAGCAUCCAGAUGCUCUUUGCUCAACAAAGCUGCGUAAGCAAGUAGCUACAUUAUCCACAGUAUUAAACCUAAAAGACAAUGAGAUGGAUCGACUGGCCAACUUCCUUGGCCAUGAUAUCAGAGUUCAUCGGGAGUUCUGCCGCCUCCCUGAAAGCACUCUACAGCUUGCAAAGAUUAGUAAACUCCUCAUUGCAAUGGAAAAAGGGAAACUGCCUGAACUCCAGGGUAAAGGAUUAGAUGGUAUAACAAUAGAUCCACAAGAUGAAAUGGAUGCGUCCAGCAACAGUUCCAGUGAUGAGGCAGAACUGCAAACUUCAAGCUGCAGAAGUCAAGAGUAUGAGGAUCAUGUGAAUGGUACAUGCGUUUAUUCCAGUUCUAUACAUUAUUAUUCCUCCAGCUCUGCCUUUACUCCAUUACUCUGGAUAAUUACGCUAGAUAGGAAGUGUACAUUUCAGCAAUUGCAUGAGUCACUAUGCUGUACUUUAGAUUGUUGCUGGUUUUUUCCACUAUCAGCAGGCAACCUGCAAGACGAGGGACCUCAAGACGAGGGACUCAAAGUAUCUUCAAAGAAAAAGGCCAAGCAGGGCACAAAAGUCAGUGUCAAAAGGAAGUGGUCGGAAGAAGAGGUUGGAGCGGUUGAAAAGCAUAUGAUGCAUUUCAUACGCAGCUGUCGAGUGCCUGGGAAGAUGGACUGUGUCUCAUGCCUGCUGGCCGAACCUCAGGCACUGAAAAACAGAGAGUGGUCGGCUAUUAAGUUUUAUAUUAAUAACAGAAUUACUGCUUUGAAAAGACAACAGAGUCGGUAGGACAGAUUUUCCUAUACAUUUAUUCGCUGUUAAAUCAAUUUGUGUUUUCACAUGUUUUUUUGUUUGUUUGUUUCUGCAGUUGGGAUGCUGUUUUAUCAUAAUUGUUGCUACAGCAAUAAUGGACAGCUUGCAACGGCCGCUGUGAAAGGUGUUUCUGUUUUAUUGCGUUGUCUCCAGUCAAACUCUGUACUUCAAAGCAAAACUAUGUUUUUAAUCAGUAUGAUUAUCUUGUUCUUAACUCUCACUCACUCUUCACUAUGUGGCCAAUAUCAGAGGUGGAAAGUAACGAAUUACAUUUACUCGCGUUACUGUAAUUGAGUAGCUUUUAGGUGUACUAUUUUUCAAAUCUGUAAUUUUACUUAAGUAUAUUUUGUUUGAAGUAUUGUACUUCGCUACAUUUUAAAACACAUUAAUUACUGAGUAAAAAAAAAAAUCGCUCCCUGGAAACUACUGCAGUAAAUAAUGGGCAGGAGAACAAACUGGCGCUAAAAUCAGAAGAAAGAUGCAGACGGACAAGACAGGCGUUAUGGUGCAGACUCAGCUCAAAACCAAACCCUGUUGUAUUCGGCUGAAGUUGAACUCGAACCCCUGGUCAUAUUUAAGCUCUAUUAUGCACUGUAAGCUGUGUUUGCCCAGGGAGACCAAACUAGCAGCUUAAAAAAUCUCGACAUCAACCCUUCGCAAGCAUGUAGAGGUAAGGUAAAUACUUGCAUCGUUGCAUUAGUGGUUAAAAUUAAGCUUUGCCAGUUUAGCAAAAGGUUUUGCACAAAUUAGCCAAAAAGACAGUGGUGCAAGGGUGUGCGAUAUAUUGUCUGUGAUGUUAUCGUAAUUGUUGUUUUAACGAAGUGCGAAAACCAAACAAAACUCUCAGUGCUGUGAAGUCUAGUAGAUUCUACCUGGUCUCAUGGCAUUUUCAACACUUUCACACAAAUUUACAGAGUUGUGAUUAAUAAAGUGUAAUUUUCGCACAAUUACUUGAAGAACAUCAUGCUAUGACUUCAAAACAAUAUUAAUAUGCUGGGAGAUUUGAAAACUGAUGCUUUUGAACGUUAGCAUCACACACAUCCAGCUUCAUAUCUAUGUGUUUUCAUAGAUGAUAAGUUUGUUCGGUAGCUCACGGAGUACGGAGACGGAUUUAGGAGACGAGAAGCACCGGUUCGAAUCCCGUGUAACUACGGUUCGACAAAGCAGUUAAAAUCUGCGUAAAAGGAAGUUCAAAUGGCACAGUUGCAUCAGCUAAUACAUUUUUAUAUCAGUUUUGCAUUUGUUAACACUAUCGGGUAGGUUUAGGGCUGGAUUUGGUGUAGGGCAUAUUUCCAACACGAUAGAGCAUUAACCUUUAGCGACAGUCCGCGGAUAUUUGAAUUCUGAACCGCCACAAUACGUAUCUGAAGCAACGUAAUAAAAAAACAGCAAUACGUACCAAUAUCUACGUAAUAAAAACGUGCCAGGGUUCACAUAUUGAACCUGUGUUUUAGCGCCACUCAGUGGACAUUUCUAUUUGAAACUGCGGCGAAACGUGCAGCAAGGUGCGUAAAACGGUGUCACACAAAAAGUGCGCAGAGGUACGUAUUUUUAUGAGACCAGGUUGCGUAGAUUAGACUAGUGCGAGUGCACAUUUAAACUGUGUUCUUUCACUGCGUGAUUCAGUCUGUUAAAAUGCAUUUAAAACGAUCACAAAAUUGAAGAUAUAGGGGCAGAAAAUGUAUAUAUUUAUAUCAUUUCAUACAGUAAAUCGAUAUCACACGAAGAGUGCCGCUUUUUCUCCAAGAAUCAGCAUGAUAUAUAGAUUUUUUACAAUAGUUCAAAAAACAAGUUGUUAAUUAAGAGACUUGCGUUUUAGACACCAUAUUGCCUGUUUUUGCUCUAUUUCGACAACAAAAAUAAUCCCAAAUGCAGCCACAGCACAGUUUUGCGUCUCCGAGCGACAUAACGGUGUUUCUUUCCUGAAUGAAUCAACUGUUUAAAUGAUUCGGUUCAAUCGCAGUGACUCACUUAUUAACAGUGACUUGGUGACACCUACUGGCGGUAUUAAUGUCACAUUUAAAAAUAUUUUAUAUAUAUAUAAUUUCAAAUGAGUAUUCAACAUUUUAUGUCUUGCAUAUCAAAACAUUAUUUCUGCAUGUGUAACUGCAGGUUAAAUGCAUUCAUGUCCUGCAUUAAACAGUGUGUAAAUACAUAUAUGCCACUUCAGAUGAAGCUUCUGUGUUUCCUCUGUUUUGCAAAGAUGAAUUUUGUUGAUAUUGAUUUAAUUUGCCUGGUAACAGCCCAAAUGUCUUAUUAUUCUAAAUAACGGAUUCCUUUAAUUAAAGACAACUAGUUUGAGAUUUAUAGGCCUGUCCCAGGGGUGUCAAACUCAGUUCCCGGAGAGUUUAGUUCCAGCGCUGCUCCAACACACAAACCAUGUAGUUUUCAAAUAAGCCUAAAUGAUUAGAUUAGCUGGAUCAGAUGUGUGUAAUUAGGGUUAUAUCUAAACAGUGCAGGGCUGUGGUCCUCCAGGAACUGAUUUUGAGACCCUUGGCCGAUCCCAUUUUUGCUUCCCUCCCACUGUUAAAAUGUAACUAAGUAAUAUUUACUUUGAGUAAAUUUUAAAUGAGCUACUUUUUACUUUUACUUGAGAAGAUUUUUAGACUGGUACUUUUACUUGUACUUAAGUAAAAUUUCAUUAAUGUAAUGGUACUUUUACUUGAGUAAAAUAUUUUCAUACUCUUUCCACCUCUGGACAAUAUGUAGCCUAGGUAUGAUUUAGAUAUCAGUGUAUGUGUGUUUAUAUGUCCUGAAAGGUGAUGCAAUUAAUAUUUGUCCUCAUAUAAGUUUGUGCAAAAAUAUGCUGUAAAUAAAAAUCUCAACAGAUGACUGUCAUAACA